AUGGGCGGAGAGUAUGCGGCAGAUGAGUUGCGGAAGACAACACGGGAACACUUGAGCAGUAUCAUGGAUAAUUCAGAUCAGCUCGACAUCGUUGUAAAGGCGUUCGCUAGUUUGGACGCUGUGUCGUCUACGCUCAUCAGAGAUGGCAAGAUUCGUGACGAGAGACAUUUCAGGAAGGUUGUUGCCGACUUUAACAGCAGAUCGCCUUUUUUUGACUUCCUUGACGUGGGUCCGGGUCGAGAAAGAGCGGAUCAAAAGAUACGAGAAAGUCUGAAGUUUUAUGUCGAUACACCACAGUGCAAGCACAUCUUAUUGGCUUGUUGCCAUGACGCGGGUUAUGCCCCAUUUUUGGGACAGUUGGUCGGAGACUCGUGCGUCUUCGAGCGAGUGACAUUAAUUGAAGGCGAUUUUGUUGCUCCUGCCUUCAAACAGCUGAAUUUCAAGACAACAAGUUUUCCCUCUGUUUUUAUGGCUCCGGAUUCGAUUAACGGGCCAGGGCAAAAUACGAAGAAGUUCACGAUUGAAGUGCCUUCGCAGCAGAUGGACAAGUUGGCAUCUGGCGUGGUAAAUUCGUCGGGUUACCGUGUGGAUAUUCCCCUCAGUGUGGAUGAGAACUUACUAAAGAGAAUCAAAAGCCUCAAUCUUUGUCACUGGCUUUUCCUGCGCGGCGAGUGCAGGGGAUGCUCGAGAAAUCACGCGCAUCCCCCACUGACAGACCCUGAAUUUGACGCUUUAUGGCUUCUCGCGCGCCAAGGAUUUUGCAACAAGGCUAAACAGAGUCGAUGCGACGACAUAAAGUGCAUCUAUGGCCAUGGCCAUGGCCACGGCCAGUAA